ACUGCGAAACUAUUACUUGUUCAAAUGUUAAUAUGACUUCGGAAUAUAAACCUAAAGAGUAUUUACCUACGAUUGACGCCAUUUUGGGAGUGGCAGACUUGGAAAAAGUGUCUGUCAAGAAGAUAAGGAGAGCCCUCCAAGAGCUCUUUGCAAUCAAUUUAGAUGAACAUAAAAGCAGUAUCAACGAGUUGAUUCUCGAAAGGUACCACAACUUGGCAGAUGAAAGGAAACAACAGAAUGAUAAGAGUGAGAAGCAGAGACGAGAAGAAAUGAUCAAACAAGAUGCCAUUCUAGCGUUGAAGCUCCUGAAGGAGAUGAGUGUCCCGGUAAGAAACGCCCUCAACCGCAAAAAGCCAUCGAAGGUAACCAAAACAAAGAAGUCGACCUCGUCUGAGGACAAACCUAAGAGAAAGAGUGUGUUUCAGAGAGAAGUGCAAUUGUCUGCCCCUUUGUCUGAAAUUAUAGGCGUUACCAGCGCACCUAGAGGGCAAGUUGUCAAGCUCUUGUGGCAGUAUAUCAAGGGCAAUAAGCUUCAGGACCCCAAUUCUGGAAGAACCAUUCUCUGUGAUGAGAAGUUGGAGAAUCUCUUCAAAAAAAAGAAAGUCGAUUCAUUUGCAAUGCAAAAAGAUUUGGUAAAGCAUAUGUUCUACGAUAAGGAAUUGGCUGAAAAGAAAGAAGCAGCUGAAGCGGCAGCCGCAGCCUAUUCGUCAGUCGAACCUCUGGCAUCGCCUGUACCUUCUUCACGGUCUCCUGAAGAAGACCAGUUCUCAGAACUGUCGGAAGAGGACUAAACACGUCAGUUUGUAUUUCCAUAGCUGUACAAUAUAUAACUCUGCUAAACAAUGGCCUCGCGCUGUGGAGGAUGUUUGUUUGUCUGUUUUUGAAAUAGAGUCGCAAACCGCUGCACAAACUUUAGAUGUCAGUGAUGCUGCUCCAAAGCCAACAUUCUAGUAGCAGAACACGAAGCCUCUCUUCAACAACUCUAUUGAAUCAAGAUGACUCCUAUGAUAAAAUUGACCAUAACAAGUUGUACGAAUGUGUGCUCAAAGUGGUAAUUCUUGAGUAUGUCAAUGAAGCCCGAUUCAAAACACCAAUAGUGGUUGAAGACAUUGAAGACACAAAUGGAAGCUCUACCAGCUUGUCAAUGGUGACUUCGCCUU